AUGGCAGAUAGGAAAAAUAAUAAUGCUUCUAACACCGGUUCGAAUUUACUGUUCAAUGCCGCCCCGGAGUUUAACUUCAAUUUGCCUUUCAUGCCAGUGAGCCAGGCCACGGGUCCGGCUGUGUUGUCAGGAGAUGAUUCCACUGAUGUUGGUGAGGAAGACAGUUUUCUUGGUCAGAACUCUGGGAAUGGACCAGCUGCCUCCUCCACAUUUAGCUACUUUUCCAGCCCCGUUACCACCUCUGACCCAUUCGCAUCCAUAGGCCAGUCAACAUGCCCACCACCAGCGCUGUCUGCAGCUCCGACAACAACAGGACCCGUUUCCCUCCCCAGCUGCGUCGGCAUGGCUUUGCCGCCAUCAUCAGGCUCACAAAUGAGCCCUGCUCCCUCAGCGUUCGGCGGUGCAGUUUACCAAAGUCCUGUUGGGCGUCACACUCCUCCUCCUGCCACGAUGACCCCUCCACCACCCCAAAUGCAGCAGCAGAGUCAUAACCCAUACAGACAUACUCCCACCAGCAGCAGAGCCAGUCCUUACAUUCCAGCCCCAGAGAUCUUGCCACCAACACACACACCUCAGCAGAAUCCCUACCCCCUCGCCACCCCGCCGCAGAUGUUCCCACCAUCAGGCCCCCCACAGGCUCCUCCUUCAUAUAUUCAGGGACGUCCGCCUCCACCCACCACGGCCGGAGCCAUCGUUCCCGCAGGUCCCAUGAUGCAGUACAACUACAACAUCUACGAGCCCAUUCAGCCUCACUGGUUUUACUGCAAGCAGGUGGAGUCAAAGAGCGUCUGGCUCCCUUUCAGCAUCAUAGACUCCCUUCAGCUCGAGGAGACGUACAACUCAGUUCAACCAGACCCAGAGAACGUGGUCGUGCGAACGGAUGGAGGGCGUUACGACGUGCAGCUCUAUGAUCGCGUCAAGAGUGCAGUCUAUUGGGAGGAAGAGCCCACAGAGGUCCGGCGCUGCUCCUGGUUCUACAAAGGGGACUCGGAUAGUCGCUUUGUUCCGUACUCUGAGGAGUUCAGUGAGAAGCUGGAGGCAGAAUAUAAGAAAGCCGUGUCUACAAACCAGUGGCAUCGUAGACUGGAAUUCCCAUCUGGAGAGACCAUUGUCAUAGUGCAGUUUCAGCCCUCGUCCAUACCAGAUGAGUGGGGAACCACUCAGGAUGGGCAGACCCGGCCCAGAGUGGUGAAGAGAGGGAUCGACGAUGAUCACGAUGAAGUACCAGAUGGUAGUGAGCUUCCCAAGGUGGACCAUCUGGUGUUUAUGGUUCAUGGGAUCGGUCCUGUGUGCGACCUGAGGUUUCGAAGCAUGAUCGAGUGCGUGGACGACUUCCGAAGUGUGUCUCUCAAGCUGCUGCACAGUCACUUUAAGAAAUCACUGGACGAGCACGCCAUUAGCCGAGUGGAGUUCCUACCCGUCCGGUGGCACACCGCUCUACACGGAGAUGCUACGGGGGGGAAAAUGGCAGAUAGGAAAAAUAAUAAUGCUUCUAACACCGGUUCGAAUUUACUGUUCAAUGCCGCCCCGGAGUUUAACUUCAAUUUGCCUUUCAUGCCAGUGAGCCAGGCCACGGGUCCGGCUGUGUUGUCAGGAGAUGAUUCCACUGAUGUUGGUGAGGAAGACAGUUUUCUUGGUCAGAACUCUGGGAAUGGACCAGCUGCCUCCUCCACAUUUAGCUACUUUUCCAGCCCCGUUACCACCUCUGACCCAUUCGCAUCCAUAGGCCAGUCAACAUGCCCACCACCAGCGCUGUCUGCAGCUCCGACAGCAACAGGACCCGUUUCCCUCCCCAGCUGCGUCGGCAUGGCUUUGCCGCCAUCAUCAGGCUCACAAAUGAGCCCUGCUCCCUCAGCGUUCGGCGGUGCAGUUUACCAAAGUCCUGUUGGGCGUCACACUCCUCCUCCUGCCACGAUGACCCCUCCACCACCCCAAAUGCAGCAGCAGAGUCAUAACCCAUACAGACAUACUCCCACCAGCAGCAGAGCCAGUCCUUACAUUCCAGCCCCAGAGAUCUUGCCACCAACACACACACCUCAGCAGAAUCCCUACCCCCUCGCCACCCCGCCGCAGAUGUUCCCACCAUCAGGCCCCCCACAGGCUCCUCCUUCAUAUAUUCAGGGACGUCCGCCUCCACCCACCACGGCCGGAGCCAUCGUUCCCGCAGGUCCCAUGAUGCAGUACAACUACAACAUCUACGAGCCCAUUCAGCCUCACUGGUUUUACUGCAAGCAGGUGGAGUCAAAGAGCGUCUGGCUCCCUUUCAGCAUCAUAGACUCCCUUCAGCUCGAGGAGACGUACAACUCAGUUCAACCAGACCCAGAGAACGUGGUCGUGCGAACAGAUGGAGGGCGUUACGACGUGCAGCUCUAUGAUCGCGUCAAGAGUGCAGUCUAUUGGGAGGAAGAGCCCACAGAGGUCCGGCGCUGCUCCUGGUUCUACAAAGGGGACUCGGAUAGUCGCUUUGUUCCGUACUCUGAGGAGUUCAGUGAGAAGCUGGAGGCAGAAUAUAAGAAAGCUGUGUCUACAAACCAGUGGCAUCGUAGACUGGAAUUCCCAUCUGGAGAGACCAUUGUCAUAGUGCAGUUUCAGCCCUCAUCCAUACCAGAUGAGUGGGGAACCACUCAGGAUGGGCAGACCCGGCCCAGAGUGGUGAAGAGAGGGAUCGACGAUGAUCACGAUGAAGUACCAGAUGGUGAGCUUCCCAAGGUGGACCAUCUGGUGUUUAUGGUUCAUGGGAUCGGUCCUGUGUGCGACCUGAGGUUUCGAAGCAUGAUUGAGUGCGUGGACGACUUCCGAAGUGUGUCUCUCAAGCUGCUGCACAGUCACUUUAAGAAAUCACUGGACGAGCACGCCAUUAGCCGAGUGGAGUUCCUACCCGUCCGGUGGCACACCGCUCUACACGGAGAUGCUACGGGGGUGGACAGGAGGAUAAAGAAGAUCACCUUGCCCAGCACCGGCCGUUUACGCCACUUCACAAACGAGACUCUGUUAGAUGUGCUUUACUACAACAGCCCCACUUAUUGCCAGACCAUCAUGGACACCGUUGCUCAGGAGAUUAACAGACUUUUCGCUCUGUUUAUGGAGAGGAACCCGGACUACAAAGGAAGAGUAUCAGUGGCAGGACACAGCUUGGGCUCCCUGAUUCUCUUUGACCUGCUUUCCAACCAGAAGUCUGCUUCUCUUGGGAUGGUGGUGCCAUCUGCACCCACCGCCAGUGAAGAAAACAAACAGGCGACAGCUCCAGCCAUAUCAGGGAGUAACGCAGUCCCCCCUCCCGCUGUGGAAGAGCUGAGCAAAGAGGAGGAGGAGGAGGAAUUCCAGGAUCUGGCGGCCGUGCUGCAACAUUUGGGCCUGUCGGAAUACAAGAGCACCUUUGACGAGGAGAAGAUUGACAUUGAAUCUUUUCUCAUGUGCACCAUUGGGGACCUUAAAGAGAUGGGCCUCCCGAUGGGACCCAGGAAGAAGAUUGCCAAGUUUGUUGAAGAAAGGACGAAGAGACAGGCUGCACGUCGGGCAGCUCAGGAGAAGAAAGCCGAGGUCAAAGUGGACGCUCAGGCAGCCACGACAGCACCAGCAGCUGUGGAUGCCACCGACCCGUCCAUAAAGAGGCCUCCAGUGGGCCACACCGUGUCCUCGGUCCACGUCAACUAUGAUUACUUUGAAGUCGGGACCGGACAGGUGUCUGUGGUAUACCCCUCUUUGGAUUUUGAGCCGGAUAAUUUCUUCGCCCUGGGUUCUCCGAUUGGCGUGUUCUUGACAGUCCGAGGGCAGGAGAAGAUUGAUGAGACAUACCAGCUGCCCACAUGCAAAGGGUUCUUCAACAUUUACCAUCCAUUGGACCCUGUGGCAUACAGGAUUGAGCCCAUGAUAGUGCCAGAACUGGAUCUGAAGCCUGUUUUGAUCCCACAUUACAAAGGAAGGAAGAGGCUUCACCUUGAGCUGAAGGAGAGUCUCUCCAGGAUGGGAUCAGACCUGAAGCACGGUUUCAUCAGCUCCCUGAGGAGCGCCUGGCAGACCCUGAAUGAGUUCGCCCGGGCUCACACAUCAUCCGCUCUACAGGCAGAGCUGGCCAUGGUGGCCAAUCAGAUAGAAGAGGAGGAGAAGCACGUGCAGCAGGAGCACAAGGUGCCUGAAAGCCCUGAGCCACAAAGAGAGGAGGAGCCUGAAGUGAAGAUCGGGAUGCUUAAUGGAGGGAAUCGGAUCGACUACGUCCUCCAGGAGAAACCCAUCGAGAGCUUCAACGAGUAUCUGUUUGCACUUCAGAGUCAUCUCUGCUACUGGCAAUCUGAAGACACAACUCUUCUUCUUCUCAAAGAAAUCUACAAGUCCAUGGGGAUCCAUCCAGAACAG